AUGGCACUUACUGCUGAGACUAAGACCUCCCAGGAAGCUGCAAUGGGCCAGUCCUUGGAGGUACCAGCCAGCUACUCCUUCCAGGAGAGGCAGAGUCACACUGGGUUUCAGACACAGUUUGAGCACAUCCUGGCUGAUGCAGACGAGUGGCAGGAGCUGGCUGGCGCCCAGGUCCGCUCCCCGGAGGCAGGCCGCGGCUCCUCCACGGACCACGGGUGGGCGACCGAGGGCUCAGUGCUUCUGGGAACUUGGCAGACACAGAUUAGAGACACCCACCAGCGAGCUUCAUUAUUUUCCUUCUGGGAACUCAUUCCCAUGAGAGCGGAACCUCUGAGAAAAAAGAAAAAGGUAGAUCCUAAAAAAGACCAAGCAGCAAAGGACCGUUUGAAAAAGAGAAUCAGACGACUGGAGAAAGCUAGCCAGGAGCUAAUCCCCAUUGAAGAUUUUAUAACACCUGUGAAGCUCUUGGAUAAAGCAAGACAGCGGCCUCACAUGGAGCUUCCUUUUGAGGAGAGUGAGCGGAGAGCUCUGCUUCUGAAGAAGUGGUCCCUGUAUAAGCAUCGAGAGCAUGAGAUGGAGAGAGAUGCCAUCAAGUCCAUGCUUGAGGCCCAACAGGAAGCUCUGCAGGAGCUGCAACUCCUGUCCCCAGAGCUACAUGCGGAGGCCACCAAGCGGGACCCCAAUUUGUUCCCCUUUGAAAAAGAAGGGCCAGAUUACACGCCACCAGUCUCCAACUACCAGCCCCCUGAAGGCAGGUACCAUGACAUCACCAAGGUGUAUACACAGGUGGAGUUUAAGAGGUAGAGCUGCAGGCUGCCUUUAGAGCCAGAACAGGACU